AAACAGAUGUGUAUCACAUGAUAUAACCACAACACAAAGAGAGACAGACGGCAGGAGCGUUCAGUCCGUGGGAACAUUAUUCAGAACCAUGGAGGCGACUGAGAACGACGCAGACUCUGAGAACAUAUACAUGAACGAGGAGGAUGCUGAUAAAACUUCUAAUCAGAGUGGAAUCUAUGACAGCAUCUACAUGAACACAACAACCGAGAGCCCAGGUUCUGCAGGUGCUUGUGAAAGGAAAAAGGUGAUCUUGAGUGACAUGGCUGCAGUGGCUCUGGGCAUCCUAUGUGUUCUCCUGCUGGCUGUAAUCAUUGUGCUGUGUAUAAAACAUAACACAGAGCUGCAUCAGAUACAGAGCCACAAUGAGAACAUGACUACAGAGAGAGACGGCUUACAGAGCAGGUAUAACAUCUUAAACAUGGAGAAAGACCAGUUAAUGAACCUGAACCACAAUCUGACUUCAGAGAGAAAUCAGUUACAGAGCAGCUACGACACUCUGAGAUCUGAGAGAGAAGCAAUGCAGAAGAAGCUUAAAGAAACAGAGUUUUGUCCAUAUGGAUGGAUAAGGUUCUUGUCCAGAUGUUACCUCAUCUCUACUGAUAAAAGAACCUGGGAGGAGAGCAGACAGGCCUGCAUAAGGACAGGAGCAGAUCUGGUGAUCAUCAACAGCAGAGAAGAACAGCAAUUUGUUUCUGAAUUUCAUACGAAUAUCUGGAUUGGACUGACUGAUCGUGACUGGGAGGGACAGUGGAAAUGGGUGGAUAACACAGCUCUGCUGUCUGGGUACUGGAUGAACAAUGAGCCGAAUAAUGGUGGGCAUCACCUUAGUAACAAGGACUGUGUUGAGCUUGUACCCGUCUCCAUUGGUGUAACAUCCAACUGGAACGAUGUGAAGUGUAGCAAUGUUCUUUAUUCACUAUGUGAAAGAUUUGGAACUGCAGUCAAUAACAGAUAACCUUCAUUUAAUAGACGUGUUCAUUAGUGCUGUAGGUUUACUGUAUAUCUGUGCAUCGCUCAGGGUACAAAAAUAUCACAUUGAUUUCAUUUCAGUUCUGAAAAGUCAAAAUAAUGUUGUUCUCUGUGAUGUAUUGAUUUGUUCUCUGAUAACAAGAUAUAAUUCUGAAAAGCCGAAA